AUGCCGCCCAAACGACCCAUCGAGGUCAUCCAGCUCGACAGCGACUCGGACGACGACACACGCCCUGCACCGCCGCCUCCGCCUCAGCUGGGGCGCGACGCGGGCGGGAGCGCCGCCGCCGGAGGACGGUUGGACGACGACGCGCGCGAGGAGCAGGAGGAGGACGCGGCACUCGCGCUCGCGAUACGGCUCUCGCUCGAGGAGGAGGCAAGGCGCACCGCAGCGGCGGGCGGCUCGGCGGCGGGUGGCAGCGCGGCCGGCGGAGCGACCUCGACCUCGAGCGGCGGCGGCAUCGGCGCAGUGAGCGACCGCGCCGACCUCGAGCGGCAGCGGCUCGCGCGCCAGCGGGCGAGGGGCGAUGCCGCGCCGCCGACGGUCAAGGUCGCGUCGACGAGCUGGGGUCCGGGCGGCGGUGGUGCGAGCGCGGGCCGGGGCGGGCGCGUCAAGACGUUCGCCGACCUGCUCGCGCCGGACGACGACGACGACGACGUCGCUGCCAGCUCGACCUCGAGCACCCGCCCGACCACGUCCACCGCGCCGUCGCACAAGCACUCGCACCGGUUCUGGCGCGGCGCCGUCAAGCGCGUCCCGUCCAAGUUCCACCCGGACCGGGACUCGUACUCGUUCGCCGACCUGAUCGGGUCGCGCUCGACGCUCCAGGCCGCCGUCGUGUCGGCCUACGUGUCCGAGCCCGAGUGGGUCGUGUCGCACUUUGGCGACGAGACGCCGCUCCUGCUCGUCCAGGCGCGCCUCGAGGGCGACUCGCAGCCCGCGCUCGCCGUGUGCUCGCUCAAGCCCAACACGUUCCGCGUCGUGCCAAAGGAGCGACUGAGCGGGCCGUACCCGGGCGUCAUGCACACCAAGCUCAUGAUCUACUACCACGACGAAUACAUGCGCGUCGUCAUCCCGACGGCGAACGCGGUCCCCUACGACUGGGACACGAUCGACAACGCCCUGUUCGUCGUCGACUUUCCCUACGCCCCGAGCGACGUCAAGGACCCGUUCAAGAACGAGACGCACACCCAGUUCUCGCGCUCGUUCCUCCAGGUCUGCUUCACGCUCGACAUCCCCAAGCGCUUCGUCCAACCCGCGUCGCAGUACGAUUUUUCGGCGUCGUUCGACGUGCGCCUCGUGCACUCGACCCAGGGCAAGUACGUCCUCGCGCGCGACGAGAAAAAGGGCGGCGGCCUCGCGAGCCUCGCGAGCGCCGUCCAGGCCUUGGGCUUUGCGCCGGGCGGGACGUGGGAGCUCGAGGCGACGGGCUCGUCGAUCGGGCGCUACACGCCCGCGUGGCUGUCGCAGGUCCUCGGCGCGUGCGCGGGCGUCCUCCCGUCGAGCUACUUUGGCGCAGGAAAGGGCCGCACCGCACCGCCGCAGUACCCGGUGCCGCCGACGGGUCAGCCCGUGCGCCUCCCGAUCAAGAUCGUGUUCCCGACCGAGGACGAGAUCACGGGCUCGUUCAACGGCGCGCCGGGAGGCGGGACCCUGUUCUGCCCGGUCAAGACGUGGGACGCCAAGGGCUUCCCGCAGCACCUGUUCCACCGCGGGCAGAGCAAGCGCGCGCGCGUCGCGGCCCACACCAAGAUCCUCCUCGGGCUGCAGAAGUGGCCGGCGGGCGCACCCGAGCCGAAAGAGCACGGCGGGUGGAUGUACCUCGGGUCGCACAACUUCACGAGUGCCGCCUGGGGCCGGCUCGAGAACGGCUCGAGCGGGCCGACGCUCGCCAUCAACAACUACGAGCUCGGCGUGGUCCUCCCGAUCCGCGCCAAGUCGGCCGCCGAGCUCGAGCAGAAGGCCUCCGACCUCGUCACGUUCCGCCGCCCGCUCAGCCGGUACUCGCCGGGUGAGCGACCGUGGCAGCAGGAGCGUUUCCUCUGA